AUGGCCAAGUCAAAUACUUCGAAGAAGGCAGAGUCUAGCCCACCUUCUCAACUCCUCUCGGCCGUUGCUGCAUUCCUAUCUACCAAUGGCUUCUCUGGUGCUAGUACUGCUUUAGAAAAAGAUCUGAAAAAGGCUGGCAAGACCGCCGAUGUUAAGGGCGCCCCAUCCUUGUUGGAGAUUUUCCAGGCUUGGGAAAAGAAGACCCCUUCUACAACCGCCGAUAGUUCUUCUAGCUCCUCUGAGGAUGAUAGCAACAGCAGCUCGAGCUCCGACUCCUCUAGCUCAGAUUCUGACAGUGAUGCCGACGACUCCGACGUUGAAAUGGAAGAUGCGCCCAAAGCCUCAAAAAGCAAGAAGUCUCGCUCCUCUUCCACUUCUUCAUCUUCCUCUUCUAGCUCUGACAGUGACGCGGAUGAUGAGGCGGCCUCUAUACCUGCCCCUGUUCAGAAGGCCCAGACUGGCGUGAAGCGCAAGGCCGAGUCUAGCAGCUCAGAAUCCUCUGAUUCGGAUUCAGGCUCAGAGUCUGAUGCUCCUAAGGCUAAAAAGGCCAAGACCAUUGAGAAGGAGGAUUCGUCUUCUUCUGAGGAUGACUCUGACUCAUCCUCGUCCUCUGACUCUUCCAGCGACUCAUCCGACUCCUCCAGCAACUCUUCAUCCGACUCUUCUAGUUCGGACUCCGAUUCAAGCUCUGACUCCGACUCUGACUCUGAUUCUGACUCGGAGGAGUCCGACAAGGAGCCUGCCAAAAAGGCCGAUUCCAAGGCCCUGAAGAAAGCGACUAAGACCCCGCUCCCAGAAUCUUCUGAUUCUGAUUCGUCUAGCUCGUCCAGCUCUUCAUCUGACAGCUCUGACGAUGAAGAAGAAGAAAAAUCUGGCUCUGACACGAGUGGCACGGUAGUUUCUGCUUCCGAGCCUGUGAAAUCAGCGGAAAUCUCGUCUUCUAACGACAGCCCCGCUCCUGGAAAUGGCUCAGCCAAGAAGAAACAUGUCGGAGCUCGCCCCACCCCCUUGGCUGCUCUAAGUGCUUUGCCUUUUGAUGGCCCGCGAAAUGAUUAUGUCCCUUAUGCCUACGCUGAACGCGCUUUCAAUGAUUUGUCGGUAACUCGUGGUAAGGGCUUCACCAAGGAAAAGAACAAGAAGAAGCGUGGUUCUUACCGUGGUGGCCCCAUUGAUACCUCUGGUGGCAAGGCUUUCUACUUCGACGACUAG